GGGGCGGCGGCGGCACCGGCGCAUGGCGGCGCUUCCGCUGCGGCGGCGGCACCACCAUGAACUACAUGCCCGGCACGGCCAGCCUGAUCCAGGACAUCGACAAGAAGCACCUGGUGCUGCUGCGGGACGGGCGGACGCUCAUCGGGUACCUGCGCAGCAUCGACCAGUUCGCAAACUUGGUGCUGCACCAGACUGUGGAGCGCAUCCACGUGGGCAAGAAGUAUGGGGACAUCCCUCGGGGCAUCUUUGUCGUGAGGGGCGAGAACGUGGUUCUGCUGGGGGAAAUUGACCUGGAGAAGGAGAGCGACACACCUCUGCAGCAGGUGUCCAUUGAAGAGAUCCUGGAGGAGCAGCGGGUGGAGCUGCAGGCCAAGCAGGAGUCGGAGAAGCUGAAGGUGCAGGCGCUGAAGGAGCGGGGCCUGUCGGUGCCGCGGGCGGAUACGCUGGACGAGUACUAGAGCUGCUGCCCCUUGGGGGCUCCUGAUCCCCCUGGGCAGGGACAGAGCUCCUUGGAAAGGCGGCCUUUAUUUUCAGAUUGUCUUUUCUGUACACAAAUCAUGCCUUUAGUCUCCUUGCAGAGAAGGAGAUGGGGUCUGGCACAACGGCCGGGAGCGAGCGUUUGUGUUCGGGAGGCAAAUCGCUGCUCUUUGGGUUUGUUUGCUUUUUCCUCCUCAUGUGACUCUGGGCGAGAGUUUUCCUUGAAGUGUAAAUAAAUCCUUGAUCCUGGCA